AUGACUGACAUCCUAGGAGUUCCCCUCUGUUCAUUUAGGGAUGACCUCUGGCUCGGGAGGUUUACUUUAACACCAGAGAAUGCCUUGGAAUAUUUUUAUCUCUCCCCAUUCCACGACCCAAAUAGUCUAAAUAUCCAAAGAAAACUUGGGAAACACACUGACGCAGCUGAAGGAUUUGAAUAUAGAAUAACUUAUAUAAAUGAAGAAGGUCUUGGAAAUGUCCCACAACCACCUGGGUCUACUUGGAAUACCCCAAACCAAUUCGGAAUAUUUAUAAUACAAAAAUUUUACAUUGAAUUCCAACGUGAAGUUCCUCUCAAUAUCUACUAUAUAUUAUCAGGUACCAUUUACGAAGCCCCAACACUUAGUAAUGUUUUUCUUCACAGAACUGCAGAAGCCUUUCUUAGUAUGGAAAAGGCAUUUGAUGCACUGAAUGAAAUGGCUAGGUUCAGUCUGUAUGAAGGUUAUACCUGGGAUAACCUUGAAGCCACUUCAAAAAUAAACUCUGAUAUGGGAAAUGUUGAUUCAAAUGAUAUUAAUAGUAAUGAGGAAAACUUGGUUGAAAUAAUAUAUUCUUCUAGCAGAAAUUCUAAAAUAGAUAAUAUUCUCAUGUCUGCAAAAAAAGAGCUCAUUGAAAAAAUUACAGAUUUUGAAAAGUCCAAGAGUUAA